CACUUAGUUUGUAGAGCAAGGUCAUCUUCAUAUAGCUAGAACGAGUCUGCAGCAACUGCCUCUUCAUCGACGGAGGACUGGUGGUUGUCGGGGAUGUCAACAAGCCCGUAUACAGUUUAGACUGCACUCAGCCAUUCUUCCAUAGCAGGCGCAUGAGUAGAAAGUAGCGAGGCGGAUAGGGAGCGGUAAUAUACUAGGAACUGGUCUAUUUGAAAAAUCGAUAGCGGUUCAGCAGUCGUGGUUGGGGGAAGAUCGGUAUCCAGCGUUCAGGAGAAGGGCUCUAAGGAAAUGCAGGACUGAGACCGACGCCAAUCUGGGGUUGCACAUACUCGCAUGCUGGUCAGAAUUGUUCUCUGAUCAGGAUCGGUUGGCUUGCCGACCACCAACUGCUAAGAGAACGUCGCGGCCGCUGGACUGCAGCUGGCUCUGAUCCAUCCGACAAUUUCCUUGUCGCUGUGAACCGAAACUUACACCAUGCCGAUGGCAAUGCCAGGACAGGAAGUUGACAACCGGGGCACCGACCACUGCAACGGCGUGGACCACAGCAACGGCCACCACGACCCCAUGCUUGUGGACUCCAGCGCGUUCUGUAUCAGUGCGCCCCUGCCUGCUCUGUCCGCGGACCCCUUGAACUGGAAGCGCACCGCCAAAGCCAUGGAAGGCAGCCACCUCGACGAGGUGAAGAGCUUCAUCAGGACGUUCUCCGAGUCCACUUUCGUUUCCUUGGAGGGCGUCAGCCUCACCAUCGCCCACGUUGCGGCGGUGGCUCGCAGGCCCGAGCUCCAGGUGCGCUUGGAUGCCGCCACCGCCAAGAAGCUCGUGGACCAGAGCUCCGACUGGGUGCUGAACAAGAUCAUGCGCGGAUCCGACAUCUACGGUGUCACCACCGGCUUCGGCGCCACUUCCCAUCGCCGGACGCAGCAGGGAGUGGAGCUGCAGCGGGAACUCAUCAGGUUCUUGAACGCCGGAGUGGUGAAUUCCGGAAACACGCUGCCGGUGGCCACCACGCGUGCUGCGAUGCUGGUGCGGACCAACACAUUGUUGCAGGGAUUCUCCGGCAUCAGGUGGGAGAUUCUGGAAGCCAUGGAGAAGCUCCUCAAUUCCCAAGUCACGCCCAAGUUGCCGCUCCGAGGCACCAUCACAGCCUCCGGCGACCUCGUCCCGCUGUCGUACAUCGCUGGUCUCCUCACUGCCAGGCCCAAUUCCGAGGCGGUCACCGAGGAUGGCAGCACGGUGUCGGCCGUGGAAGCAUUGCGGAUGGCGGGCAUCGACAAGCCUUUCGAGCUGCAGCCCAAGGAGGGGCUGGCCAUGGUGAAUGGCACGGCCGUGGGAUCGGCGCUGGCCUCCACCACCUGCUUCGACGCCAACAUCCUGGCGGUCAUGGCCGAAGUGCUGUCCGCGCUGUUCUGCGAAGUGAUGCAGGGGAAGCCAGAGUUCGCGGACCCCUUGACGCACAAGCUGAAGCACCACCCGGGUCAGAUGGAGGCCGCGGCCAUCAUGGAGUACCUCCUCGACGGGAGCUCCUACAUGAAGGCCGCUGCCAAGUUGCACGAGACGGACCCGUUGAAGAAGCCCAAGCAGGAUCGGUACGCCCUGCGCACCUCGCCGCAGUGGCUGGGGCCUCAGGUGGAAGCCAUCCGCAACGCCACGCAUUCCAUCCAGCGGGAGAUCAACUCCGUCAACGACAACCCCCUCAUCGACGCCGCGGGAGACAGAGCACUCCACGGCGGCAACUUCCAAGGCACGCCCAUCGGCGUCUCCAUGGACAACAUGCGCCUCGCCGUGGCCGCCAUCGGGAAGCUCAUGUUCGCGCAAUUCAGCGAGCUCGUGAACGACUUCUACAACAACGGCCUGCCAUCCAACUUGAGCGGAGGGCCCAACCCCAGCCUCGACUACGGCAUGAAGGGCGCGGAGAUCGCCAUGGCUUCCUACCUGUCCGAGCUCAACUACCUCGCCAACCCGGUCACCACCCACGUCCAGAGCGCCGAGCAGCACAACCAGGACGUCAACUCGCUGGGCCUCGUGUCCGCGCGCAAAACCGAGGAGGCCAUCGAGAUCCUCAAGCUCAUGACGUCCACAUUCUUGGUCGGGUUGUGCCAGGCCAUCGACCUGCGCCACGUCGAGGAGACCAUGCAGGCGGCCGUGAAGAGCAUCGUCACGCAGGUGGCGAAGAAGACGCUGUUCAUGAACCCCGCGGAUGGCACCCUCCUGCCCGCCAGGUUCGCCGAGAAGGACCUCCUCAGAGUGGUGGAUCACCAGCCCGUGUUCACGUACAUCGACGACGCAGCCAGCGGCACGUAUCCUCUCAUGGAGAAGCUGCGACAGGCGCUCGUCCAGCACGCCCUGCAGACCAACAAGUCGGACAAGCAGGCGGCCAGCUCGACCUUCAAUCUCAUCGCGGCGUUCGAGGAGGAACUCAAGGUGAGGCUGCAAACGGAGGUGCCACAGAUUCGGGAAGCAUACGACAACAAGGGCUACUCGCCGGUGCCCAACAGGAUCGAGAACUGCAGAACGUACCCGCUGUACAAGUUCGUGCGCAACGGAUUGAAGACGCAGCUUCUGUCGGGACUGCGCACCAUCUCACCCGGCCAGGAAAUCGAGAAGGUAUACGACGCCAUCUGCGAGGGCAAGCACGUGGCUCCGCUGCUGGAGUGCAUCGGAGGAUGGAACGGAGCACCGGGACCCUUCUCAUGCUGACAGGAUUCCUGCAUCAACUCCCAGGGUGGGUGUAAAAUUUUGCAACGCUGGAGCGCGGAGCGUCUGCUUCGGCGACGAGGCAGCAAUGGCUGGGGAAGUGGAGUGGAAGAGGGACUGGGGUCCCCAGGCCCUGAUGGAGGGAGGGAGGGGCCGCCAUAGCCACGAUCGCGGUGCAGUUGUGGAAGGAUGGUGAGAAUGUGGCCCUGUCGCAGGCAGAGUGGAUGCGGAAGGUGCUGUCGUGCUGUAGUGCACCUCUGCUCUCGCAGCCCGAACGGCGCAGAGGUGCUUCAAUUUCGGGCUUGCUGCAUUGAAAUGGGGACUGGCAUGCGGAGCUGUUGCAUUUCGUACCAAUCUCCUCACCCUUGUAAGAUAUAGGCUGGGUUGAUGUGCCCACUAUCAGUGUGAAGCACACCUUUUUUAAAAUGUAAUGUAUAUGAUUUUUUGACUCAGUUUUCUUCACAGGAUUUGCAGUUUUGUUGUUCACUCCAACUAGUUCUUGAAGGAUAUUUUCGGGGCUCAGUGGCACGUAACGACAGUUUCUAUGUCUUGGGAUUGGUUUCGAUCUCAUGUCCAGUUAUCAAGGCUCGGAUACAUCCUGCUUACGUGUGCUGAGAUUACAGAGCAGCUCCUAUUAACCAUGGGCCAUAAUGAAUUUCGAGAACCCUGCGUUGACCAACCUAAUUCGCUCUUAGUUGGUGUGCUACAUGUAGGGACGGUACUGAGAAAGAGCUUGGAAGAGCAAAACUUUCUAUUAUGAACAGUAUCAUACCCUUUGGAUAAUAGGAGUACAGUUUAUAGUUGAUAAUCUUUUGGCUUAGGACACUCGAAUUUGUGAUUGCCGAUAUCAGAUCCAGUUAUCAUAAACGAAGUGCGACAUAAGUACCCAGUGAAGCUCGGUUCUAUCACAGGAAUACGAAAUGCUUUUGUUGCCCACGUCAA